AUGAGCUGUCCAGCAUCUGGUUCACAGGGUAACAGUACAUGGCCAUGCCCAAACACUCAGCAACCAGGUUCACCAGUGUGGCCUUCCCAACCAUAUCAACCAUGUUGGCAUUGUCAGCCCAACCAAUACAACUGGCCGGGUAUGCAGCCCACUGUGCCAAACUGGCCAGCAAGCCAACCAGUACCAACUAGCCAACCUGGAUGGCCUAGUUUUCCACCCACUCAACCAAGCCAACCCAUCCCACCAGGCCAACCCAUCCAACCCAUUCCACCAGGCCAACCAAACCAACCAAGUCAACCUAGCCAGCCUUCACAAAUAAACUGGCCUUCACAGCUACCCAAGCCCACUCCUCCUUCAUGGCAUGGAAACCCUGGACAGCCUGGAUGGCCUAAUCAGGGCCCCACUGAUGGCCAACAAGCUUGGCCACCAGCUUCAUCCACAGGACCUUUGUCUGUGCCUUUCAACAUGAAUCUUCCAAGAGGCAUUUAUGAUAAGCUUAUGCUAACAAUAAGGGGCCAAGUGAAGCCUGAUGCAAAAAUGUUUACUGUCAAUUUUCUGCGUGGUAAUGACAUUCCACUGCACAUCAAUCCACGCUUCAACGAGAUGGGUAAGCAGGUUAUUGUCCGCAACCACAAACUGGGAGAACAAUGGGGACCUGAGGAGAGAAAUCUUCUAGCGCCGUUUCCUUUUGCUGCAGGACAACACUUUGAGAUGAAGAUCUUCUGCACAGUCAGCGAGUUCAAGGUGGUGGUAAAUAACACAGCAAUGUUUGAUUUUAAGUACCGCAUCAAAGAGGUGAACCAGAUCGACCGUAUCAACAUCCUGCAUGAUGUCAAUCUCACUUCUGUCAGCGUGGAUACUCUACCCUAAACCACAGCUGGACCACUGUUUCCUUCAACUUCACCCACCAACACUACAUCUGUAAUGCACUAAGGCAAUAUGGAAGGACCUUCACUGCUCAGUGUUUCAACCCAACACUAAGAUAAUGAAUGUACACACCAGCACAGCAAAUUC